AAAACAGGUUCAACUACAGAAACCAGGAAGGAUGAAAUCAUUGAAAAAGUGAGGUUGAAGGCUGAAACAAAAGGUGAGAAAAUACAAUUAAUGUAACCAUAAAGUAUUGAGUUCUACUGUAAGUAAACAGUCCUCUUCCUUGAUGCCAAUCAGCCAGGUAAACAUGCGUUGAACAGAUACUCUGUUGAGCUGAGAAAAACUCACUUUUCUAUUCUUAUCACUCGGUCUCUCUUGUACAGGAUAUUGUGCUCACUGAUCACCCACACUCAUACAUUCAGGUAUUUACUGGUAAUCUAUCUAGUCAGUAAAAUGUACAAAGUUCUUCUAAUAGCAGUUCUAGGUAGGAGGAGCAUUGUUACCUCAACUUACUGAAGUGCAACUGAAGUGGACAGACUUACGGUACCACGGCACUGAACAGACGCACAUAACAAGAAUCUGUUUCUAAAAGUAUCCACCAGUUAGACAGAACAUCAAGACAAAGACACACAGUGUAGAAAUGGCUUCCUGCAGCAGUCUCCUGUUACGGAUCAGUUCCAGUGUUCUAUCUGUCUGGAUGUGUUCACUGAUCCUGUCUCUACUCCAUGUGGACACAACAUCUGCAAGGCCUGUAUCACCAAGUACUGGGACAACAACGAUCUGUGUCAAUGUCCCAUAUGUAAAAGGACUUUUGAUAAGAGACCAGGUCUCUAUGUCAACACGUUCAUCUCUGAGAUGGCUGCUCAGUUCAGGAAGUCAGAGCCACUGAAAGCUACCAUCAGUCCAGACCUGCGUCCUACUAAACCUGAAGUGUCAUGUGACUACUGUACAGGUACCAAGCUCAAGGCCCUGAAGUCCUGUCUGGUGUGUCUGACCUCUUACUGUGAGACUCACCUGGAGCCUCAUCAGAGAGUUGCAGCCUUGAAGAAACACAAGCUGAUCGACCCUGUGAAGAACCUGGAGUACAGGAUGUGUCAGAAGCAUGAGAGACCCCUGGAGCUGUUCUGUAGGACUGACCAGAUGUUGGUGUGUCGGCUCUACACUGAUAAAGACCACAAGAACCAUGACACUGUUCCUCCAGAGGAGGAGUGUGAAGAGAAGAAGACUCAAAUUAAGAAGACAGAGGGAGACAUUCAGCAGAUGAUCCAGGAGAGACUGGAGAAGGUUCAGGAGAUCAAACUCUCAGUACAGACCAGCAAGAGAGAUGCAGAGAGGGAUAUAUCAGACAGUGUUCAGGUCUUCACUGCUCUGGUGCGCUCCAUUGAGAGAAGCCAGGCUGAGCUCAUUGAGGUGAUUGAGGAGAAGCAGAAAGCAGCAGAGAAACAGGCUGAAGGGUUGAUUUUGUGAAGGUGGGGGUGUUUGUGGACUAUGAGGAGGGUCUGGUCUCUUUUUAUGAUGUCGAGGCCAGGUCUCAUAUCUACUUUUUCCACUGACUGCACCUUCACUGAGAAACUAUACCCAUAUUUCAAUCCCUGUGUGAAUGAUGGAGGUAAAAACUUUGCCCCUCUGAUCCAUCACUCCUGUCACACACUGAAAAACUAAGAUGUGGAAAUGCUGGACUUCAAAAGAAAAUGUUAUUACAAAAUAUUGAUCUGAACAACAGUUGUGGGUUUGUUCAAGACAGUAAUUUAGAUUUUCGAACAGUUUAAAAAAAAUCUGUGAACAGGUAGUGCUCCCCUGGUGGCUAACUGGGUAGUGUGUCUCAGACUAAGGUCUGAGUCAUGGACUGGGGUUUGAGUCUAGCCUGGACUUUUUCCUGCUUUUCUCUUUCUUACUACCUUUCCUCUCACUUUUUCACUGUACCAAAUAAAAGCAAAAAUCUGGUCAAUAAUCUUAAACAAGGAAAUAUUGUCCAGAAUCUAGUAAUAGGUUUUAUGAAAUAUGGCAAUGAUAUGAUCAGCUAAAUGUGAGAAUUGAAGUACAAUUACAUAAAAUGCAAUAAACGAAUA